AUGGAUUCCAUGGAGAGCCAACUGGCAGAAAUGUUAAGAGAGUUUAAAUCUAGAAGCAAGACCAAAGUUAUUCUGGAAUCAGGUUUAAUCAUUCUUAUUUCGUUGUUCCUGUUUGUUGGAAACUCCUUAACACUCCUGGUUCUGUUGUUAAACCGACGAAUGCGAACAAUUCCAAACAUGUUCGUGGCAUCACUCGCCGUCUCCGACUUAUUACUAGGAGUUUUCAGUACAGUUCCUUUAACCAUCCCUACAUUAGUGACUUCCCAUUGGCCGUUUAAUGACACGACCUGCCAAUUUCAAGGUUACUUAGCCUUUGCUUUGGGUUGCGCUUCGAUUCACACAUUGGUCUUGAUGGCUGUGAACAGAUAUUAUAGAAUUGUCAAACCGACAAAGUACCGCCACUACUUCACCAAGAAGAAAACCCUUAUCAUGAUACUUGUGACAUGGUUCUAUUCUAUUUGCGCUCCACUAAUUUACGUGCUAAUUGGGAACAAAAUGGUCUUUCAUCCUUCAAAGGUCUUCUGUUUUAUUCCAAUCAAAAACAGUGCAUUUAUGGCCUAUGUUAUUCCGCUUUACAUAGGGAUUCCAAUCUGUGUUAUAAUCUACUGCUACUUUAGAAUCUUUACAACAGUUCGCCACCACAAUAGCAAUUUUCAUCACCCUGGCAAUCCAAUAAGCAUGGUAAACGUCGAAGAAGUUAAGGUGGCUCGCACCAUACUUGUUAUAGUGCUGUCUUUUAAUCUGUGCUGGAUUCCAAUCUUCACAAUUGACAUUUUGGACACGAUUUUUCAAAGAUGGAUCUUCCCUCCCGAGGCUUAUAUCGCAUAUACGUUUUUGGCGACCAUAAGUAGCGCUUUGAAUCCCUUCAUUUACGGCGUGUUCAACAAGAGUUUUCGCAAGAAUUAUCUGAAUGUACUACGUUGCAGAUGCUGCCGUUCUCAAGCUGUCGUAGAACCAUUGGCUCUGCCAGUAAGAGCGAGUGUUGUCGCCAUGGGGCCAUUGCCUUAAUUACAAGAUACAGAGGGAAAAGAAUAAGCAAUUUAGGUUGUGUCAUAUUUAACUUUUUUUAAACCGGUAGUGUGGCAGCUGGUCUGACCUAUUUUCUUAUCUCAACAUUGCAUGAGUCUCGAAUAAUCUCCAGGUUGCAUAAAAAUGUUAUUUAAAACUGAAUCAUUGGAUAAUGCAAUUCUAGAGCUCUGAUUGGCUUAAACUUAUUAGUAGGAGUCAAUAUAGGUCCUUUAUCCAUUACAGCAAUAGUGACUUAGUAGUAGUAUAGGGCGCACCGAAUUAUCCCCUUUUUUGCGCAGGAAGCUCAUUAGCGUGCGCAGGAAUAAAUUAACUAGGUGACGUCAUAGGCUAUUGUCCUGAUCUCAUGAAUAAAAUGCUGUGGUAUCUCAUAAAGAUAAGGUCAUGUGCUAUUUUUAGAUGGAUGAUGUCAUGGUUGGUAUAACCGGUUUGACAGGUUUUAGUUAUUUUCGGAAGAUUAUUUCUAGUUACUUUAAUGUCGAUAAACGUCUUCGUUUUCGAUUGGUUAGUUAGAAAAUAAGAAACGUUUUUAUUGGUUAAUUCAUACUGUCUGAGGAGUAAAGUCGACCUUGUCUGUGACUUUAAAUCACUGAGACGUAACGUAAUUAUACACUUCCUAUUUCCUGCUGCUGUGAUUGUCCUUGUUCCGGUUCACUGAUUUUUGGCGGGCAAAUCGUGUAUAUUAAAGAGGGCAAAGGCAAACUAGCUCUUUUUUACACUGCAAGUAAUGUUUUACUUACCCCUCCUCCUUCUUCUCCUCACUCACACUCCUGGUUAUGUUGUUAAACCGACGGAUGCGAACAAUAGCAAACAUGUUCGUAGCAUCACUCGAUGUUUCAGACCUAUUAAUAGGCGUUAA